GUAGAGCGGUAACAUAAAACCUCAAAAACAAAAAAAAGGGGAAGUCCAGAAUAAAGAAUCACGGUUUGAUUGACACAUUGUGACGUUGCAGAAUGGAUACGGAUGAGGAUAGUAAUGCUGAAGCGAAAUCCGCGCGCAAGCGCCAGAAGCGCCAUGAUUCCGGUGACGAAGAUGAGAGCUCCAGCAGCCGCACCGCUGCAGGAGAUGCCACCAUGGACUCCCCGGCAGCACCAGCUGUAAUCGAAGAGAAAAGUGCAGUCGUAAGCGAGACUGAAAUAGGAACCCACAACAACAACGUCACCAACACAAGCAGCAACGUCGAUAACGGCGAUAGCAACAGAGAGGGAGGAGUGAGCUGCAAUCUAAUUUUGCCGCAGGUUGAGACUGCAGAGGGCAACGACGAAUCAAUGGCACCGCCCGAGGAGGCUGGCACAGAGAUUAAUCUCUUGCAGGGUGCGCUGUCGCCAGCGGCAGCCAGUGCUGUGCUUGCCACAGAAGCUGUGCCUCCUGCCAGUGAUGCCAUCGACAGAGAUGAUGAUGAUGCAGUGCUGCCCAGUGUAGACGAAGAGCCCGAGGUAGCCGCAGAGGCAGCUGAACCCAAUCCCAUACCCAACGACGACGACGAGCAGUCAUUGAGUGAUGCCGAUACCGUCAACAGUCGCGUGGAGGAUGACUUUUGGACCCACAACAGCAGCUCCAGCAGCUCCAGCAGCAACAGCUCCAGUGAUGGUGGAAUGAUGGACCACAGUGAUUCGAUUGAACCGGAGCCAAAUGCGACCAACCGGGAGAACAUUGACUUUGCCGUAAACGAAAUAAUGUACAAGGAAAAACCGCCAUACACCUGGAUCUCGGCCAAUGAGUUGAUGCAGCGCGAACACAAUAUUAUCAAUCGGAUUGGAUGGCGCGGCGGGCACACCUCGGUGCAGAGCUUCGGGCGAGGAUUUUACGGAUCCAGGCAUGUCGUGGAGCAGAUGUCACUCCGGCAGACAAUGAAGAAACACAAUGGCAGCGUGAACUGCCUCAACUUCAAUCGGGCCGGAGAUCUGCUCUGCUCUGGCUCCGACGAUACACGAAUCAUCGUCUGGGACUGGGCCAACGAAAAGAAGCUGCACGUGUUCAAGUCGGGCCAUCACAAGAACAUAUUCCAGACCAAGUUCAUUGACAGUGCCGGCUGCCUGGACAUUGUGUCCACCAGUCGCGAUGGGCAGGUGCGACGCGCCGUCAUUCCUCCAUCCGGUGGCGACACAAAGCCCACGCGACUCUACACGCACAGCGAUGCUGUGCACAAGCUCGUUGUGGUGCCGCACACCAAGCACGAGGUUAUGAGCGCCGGCGAGGAUGGUGCCGUCAAGCACUUUGAUCUUCGCACCAGCACAUCGGCCAACACCAUGCUGAAGUGUCGCUACAACGAUCCCAACAGGCGGGACCAACGGAGCCGCGUGCGUCUCUACAGCAUUUCGCAUCAUCCGUUUGCGCCCGAGUUUUGUGUCAGCGGCGCUGAUAACAAUCUGCGUGUCUACGACAAGCGCAAACUGCCAGAGCCCAUCCACGAGAUGACCCCCCGAGGCGUUCGGGAGAUAAAAAUCACGGAAAUCACUUGCGCCGUCUACAAUCACAGUGGCAGCGAGAUCCUGGCCUCCUACAGCGAUGCUGGCAUCUUUCUCUAUGACACCCGCAACUACAAAGAGGGCGAAUAUCUUCAUUGCUACGAGGGUCACGUAAACGAUAGAACCAUCAAGGGCGUCAACUUCUUUGGACCACGAUCCGAGUACGUCAUCAGUGGCAGCGACUGCGGUCACAUCUUUUUCUGGGACAAGAACACAGAAUCAAUCAUUAACCACAUGAAGGGCGACAUGGCGGGUGUUGUCAACUGCCUGGAGCCGCAUCCCUGGAUGCCAGUUCUGGCCACCUCGGGCCUGGAGCAUACUGUCAAAAUCUGGACGCCCGAUGCACCCGUAAAACAAAUCCCAAAACCCGAUGGGCUGCGUGAAACGCUCUAUAGAAACUUUCGACGCAGCAUUAGGGACGACGAUGCCAGCCAACAGGGCCUAUUAUUUUUUCAACAAUUUUUGGAUAAUCCCUCCACCAUGGCACACUUGCAUAAUCGUCGCCUUCGCCGUCGCAAUCGUGCUGGAGCGUCUGCUGAUGCCGCACCUGGAGCCUUGACAGAGCACGACCAAAACAGUAGCAGUGACACCAGUUCCAUGUAUCGGCGACGCGACAGCAGCAGCUCGGAGAGCUCCCACGUCGAAGCAUAUUCAUUGCGCUGCAACACGCAAUAAGCCAAAUCCAAAGUUUAGCUACAAAAUAUCUCAACAUCUCGAGUGGUGGAAGUGGAAAUAGAUACACAGAUGCUGCAGUCAGAUUCUGAAACGAGCUGAUCUGCGAGUUUCUUUCCUUUGUUUGUUUUCUUAGAAGCGUUUGGAAUGCUGUGAAUUUGUACUUGUAAAGAAUAGGCCUGCAUAUAUUAUAUUAUUAUAUUAAUUUGGAA